AUGACACACGUCAUUCCUAUCCCCUCUCAAUGCUCAUCCAAUGAGCCGACUUCCCCCAAGCAUGUGGUGUGUCGUCCGAUUGGUUAUAACUCAUCUUAUCCAUUAAGAUGCUGGGUGCUUCUGUCUGAUUGGUCAGCUCUUGAUCCAAUCCGUUUCUGCAUCUCUCCACUUGCUUCUCAUCCACUCCUGAAGCUUAUACUCUCUCUCAGUAGCUGGGUGUCUCUCCCUGAUAGCAUUAGGUCUUCUUGGAGCUUAUCCACGCCCUCUCUCCUCUUUAGCAGCUGGUGUCGUUGCCCAAUUGGCUUAGGCUUGCUUCGUCUUCAUUCGGUAGCUGGAUGUUGCUACAUGAUUGGCUGA